UCGCUCCCUCCCAUCCCCCCUUGUCAGUGUCUGUGCUGCGCAGCUCCCCGAGCGGUUGUCAGGCGCCGGAGACGGUUGCCGAGGGGCGGGGGAAGGAAAAAAAAAAGAAAACCGUUGUCGGGAGUGCUCCCCGCGGACGAGCCCGCCGCCGUCCGUGCCCGCGAGCGUUGGCGUCGGCGUUACUAGCGCCUCCCCGGGUAUCUGAAGUAGAAGGGGCAUUUCAGUGACGCACUAGUGAAAUGGAUUGGGUCAUGAAACAUAAUGGUCCAAAUGACGCUAGUGAUGGGACAGUGCGACUUCGAGGACUGCCAUUUGGUUGCAGCAAAGAGGAGAUAGUUCAGUUCUUUCAAGGGUUGGAAAUCGUGCCAAAUGGGAUAACAUUGACGAUGGACUACCAGGGGAGAAGCACAGGGGAGGCCUUCGUGCAGUUUGCUUCAAAGGAGAUAGCAGAAAAUGCUCUGGGGAAACACAAGGAAAGAAUAGGGCACAGGUAUAUUGAGAUCUUCAGGAGUAGCAGGAGUGAAAUCAAAGGAUUUUAUGAUCCACCAAGAAGAUUGCUGGGACAGCGACCGGGACCAUAUGAUAGACCAAUAGGAGGAAGAGGGGGUUAUUAUGGAGCUGGGCGUGGAAGUAUGUAUGACAGAAUGCGCCGAGGAGGUGAUGGAUAUGAUGGUGGCUAUGGAGGUUUUGAUGACUAUGGUGGCUAUAAUAAUUAUGGCUAUGGAAAUGAUGGCUUUGAUGACAGGAUGAGAGACGGAAGAGGCAUGGGAGGACAUGGCUAUGGUGGAGCUGGUGAUGCGAGUUCAGGUUUCCAUGGUGGUCAUUUUGUGCACAUGAGAGGGCUGCCUUUCCGUGCGACUGAAAAUGAUAUUGCUAAUUUCUUCUCACCACUCAACCCAAUCCGAGCUCACAUUGACAUUGGAGCCGACGGCAGAGCAACAGGAGAGGCAGACGUAGAGUUUGUGACCCAUGAAGAUGCAGUGGCUGCCAUGUCUAAAGAUAAAAACAACAUGCAACAUCGAUAUAUUGAACUCUUCUUGAAUUCCACUCCUGGAGGUGGCUCUGGAAUGGGAGGUUCCGGAAUGGGAGGCUAUGGCAGAGAUGGAAUGGAAAAUCAAGGAGGCUAUGGCUCUGUCGGGAGAAUGGGAAUGGGGAACAACUACAGUGGAGGAUACGGCACUCCUGACGGCUUGGGAGGUUACGGUCGUGGUGGUGGAGGCAGUGGAGGUUACUAUGGGCAAGGUGGAAUGAGUGGAGGUGGAUGGCGUGGGAUGUACUGAAAACACCAACGUACAAGUCCCAACAACAGCAUCUGUCUACUAGACUUUCUUACAGAUUGAAUUUCUUUUGUAUUUCAAGAACUUUAUAAUGACUGAAGGAAUGUGUUUUCAAGAUAUUAUUUGGUAAAGCAACAGAUUGUGAUGGGAAAAUCUGUUUUCUGUAGGUUUUAUUUGUUGCAUACUUUGACUUAAAAUAAAUUUUUAUAUUGAAACCACUGAUGUUGCUACUUUUUAUAUAUAAGUACUCUUAAAGAUGUGCUGCCUUCCUAAGGUUUGGGAUGAUGUAUUUUACUGUUAGCUCUACAAAAAGUAGCAUAGUGCAAUGUGAGAGGAUAAGACUGCAAGUCUUAAGCAGACAUCUAGGAUAGAGCUUGAGUAGUUAGCUAACUUUCUCUCUUGGACAUACUGUAAAUAAAAAGCCUAAGGAUGCAUUCAGCUGGCUUCAGGAAUAUAAGUUCAGUUAAUUCUGUAUUUUCACCCGUAUUUAUCAAGCAUAGCUCUGAAUAAUUUAAGGGGUAUCUGGAAUCUAAAUAGUCCCAAUUGUGUUAUGAAUUAUGAACCCAGGGGGUGGGAAUAUUAGUUGAAAUUACAGCCCUAGAUUUUAAAAUCCUCGUAGCACUUGACCAAGAUACCAGAAAUGUUCCCAAAAUUUGAGUUUGUUGGAGUAGCUAAGAGUUUUCGAUGGUGGCAGAAGAAGGUGGUGUAAAUAUGCAGGUAUUUACUGUGAUGGGUGUGUUCUUACAUGUGCUUUCAGUUUCUCACCCAAGAAAAUGGGCUUUCAACUGUCUUAAGUGACUACACUAAGGAAAGUGUAAACAGUGCUGCAUCUGAUACUGGCUUUGAGUAUGUAAGCUCUGUGUAGCAAGGAAACGGUGCUUUCUAAUCUUAUCACUUCAUUCAAUGUGGCUUUUCCCUAAAUUGGCUAAUGGAUCAAAUUGAAACCUCUCAGUGUGAACUCCAUUAUUGAACUUGUUACUUGUUUUUGCUAGAAAUGUUAUUCAUGUAAUAAAUGUUAACAUGGGAGAUA